AUUUUCAAUUUUCAAUUUCAUUUUCAUUUUUCGUUUUCAUUCCAAAAGUUGGAGCUUUAUAAGGACGAAGAGCUUCGCUUCGGUGAGUGAUCGGGAGCUUCGAGCCGCCAUGGGCUGCGCCGCCUCCAGGCUCCAGAACGAGGACGCCGUUCGCCGCUGCAAGGACCGCCGCCGCCUCAUCAAGGACGCCGUCGCCGCCCGCCACCACCUCGCCGCCGCGCAUUCCGACUAUCUCCGCUCCCUUCGUCACACUGGCUCCUCCCUCACCCGCUUCGCCUCCGGCGAACCUCUCCCCGUCGCCUCCCACACUCCCCAUGUUCUCCUCCCUCCGAUAACUUCAUCCCCUUCAUCCACUGCUGCUCCUUCAUCUCUACCCCCACCGCCACCAACUCCACCUCCUCCUCCGGUGGCACCAUCGCCGACGAUCGCUAGCUCGAAGCUCCCGCAUAUUCUCUCGGAGAGUAGCCCUGGAUCUACUCCUCGGAAGCCUUUAUCGGCGCGGUUUGCCUCUCGUUUUCCCCCUUUCCCUAACUCCAGCUACGCCACUACGCCAUCACAGGCCUCGUCGGUUUGGGACUGGGACAAUCUCUACCCCCCUUCCCCUCCCGACUCUGAAUUCUUCGAUCGCCGCAAUCGCGAGCGGGAAGAGCGUGAGCGCGAGGAACGCAAGCAGCGACAUCGGGAUCAAGAGCUGGAGAAUGACGGCCAUCAUCUUCCCCGCGAUGAUGAGGACGAUGACGAGAAGGAGGGCAGGGAGGAGGUCCAUUGCAGUGAGUGGGGCGAGAACUACGCCAGCAGCGAGUGCUCGUCGUCCGGAUCGGAAGAAGAUGAGGAUCGAGAGUCGAGAUCAGAGGGGAUUGGGGUGGCGAGAUCAGAGUACGGGGGGUCAUCGAGAGUGGCGCCGUCGGAGUUCGGAUCUAUGUCGGCGGGGAAGCUCGGCGUCGGAGUGAGAUCGGAGGGUGGGGGUUCUUCAUCAUCGGUUGUGGAGACGAGGAUCGCGAUGCGCCACCAGAACCUGGCGGAGAUCGCGGCGGCGCUAGAUGAGUACUUCGGUAAGGCCGCCGAUGCCGGCGUCGCCGUCUCCGGCCUCCUCGAGACCGGACGGGAACAGCUCGAUAGCUCAUUCCGGCAGCUCAAGAAGACAGUGUAUCACUCGAACAGCGUUUUUAGCGCGCUGUCGUCGAGUUGGAGUUCGAGGCCGCCGCUGGCGAUCAAGUACCGGCUCGACACCGGCGCGCUCGUGGAGUCGGGAGGAGGGAAGAGCCAUGGGUCGACGUUGGAGCGGCUCUUGGCUUGGGAGAAGAAGCUCUACGGGGAGGUUAAGGCGAGAGAGGGUGUAAAGAUUGAGCAUGAAAAGAAGCUGUCUUCCUUGCAAAGCCAGGAAUAUAAAGGAAAGGAUGAUACAAAGCUUGACAAGACAAAGACAACAAUAAAAAGACUGCAGUCACUCAUCCUAGUCACAUCCGAGGCUGUUACAACCACGUCAUCUGCAAUUACUAAAGUUCGAGAUGAAGAGCUUGCACCCCAAUUGGUUGAGAUUUGCUAUGGCCUUCUGAACAUGUGGAGAUCCAUGAACCAGUUUCAUGAGAUCCAGAACAGCAUUGUCCAGCAAGUCCGGGGCCUUAUUGACCGUCCCUCUGCCAGUGGUUCAACUUCUGACCUUCAUCGGUUGGCAACCAAAGAACUCGAAUCUGCGGUCUCUGCCUGGCACUCAAGUUUCAACCGCCUCAUAAGGCACCAGCGCGAGUACAUUCAUGCUCUCUACGAUUGGCUCAAGCUCACCCUCAUUGAUGUCAACAAUGACAACCCCCAGAAAGAUGCUUCCUCUGCAGUAGCCCGGGAGCUCUCCACUUUCUGUGAUGAGUGGAAGCAAGCUCUUGACCGCCUCCCUGACACUGUGGCCUCCGAAGCUAUCAAGAGUUUCAUCAAUGUUGUUCAUGUGAUAUAUACCAAGCAGACCGAGGAAUUGAAAAUCAAGAAACGAGUUGAGACCUAUUCAAAAGAGUUCGACAAGAAGUCCACUUCACUAAGAAGUAUUGAGAAGAAAUACUACCAGUCUUCAACUGUCGGUCUUGGUCUCCCAGACGGAAGCCACAUCAACAAUGCCAAUGGCCAUGUGUUUGACACUCGGGACCCCUUGGCUGAGAAAAAAUUAGAGAUUGCAACCUGUCGAAGAAAGGUUGAAGAUGAAAUAACAAGACACACCAAGGCAGUAGAAGUCACCCGUUCAAUGACACUCAACAACAUUCAAACAGGAUUGCCUGGUGUAUUCCAAGCGAUGACCGGAUUCUCAAGCUUGUUCACCGAGGCCCUCCAAGGUGUGUGCCAGAGAGCUGGCUCUCCCAAUUAAGCUUGCUACUCUCAUAUCUUCUUUUUGGUUACACUUAAAAAUCUUAUGAUUUCUUCGAAGCAAAAUAGGAGUAUAUAUAUUAUAACAUCUAUAUAUAUUUAUAUAUAUAUUUAAGUAUAAUCAGAAAGAAGAAAUUCCUCAUCUUUUUGGUUUAAGUAUGAUUAUCAUUCUAUGUAGAUAUUUGUAGCAGUUUUGCUCCAACUUUUACUUCCUUCUAUGUACAGUAAGAAUUGCUGGAUUUUUGCUGGAAAAAAAGAAAGUUGGCUGGUUGAUUGGUUUGUAUUAAAUAAACUUCAGCUACUUCACAAAUAGAUGCAAUCUUUCUCUCA